CACCUCCAAAAAGGCCGAACCCCAUUUCCAUAUCAAAUACCAUCCUCAUUUCUCCUAGCCCUCCUUCCCCAUUCAUGUCCACCACCACCACCACCCCGUGCCGUUGAACCCACCACCACCACCACCAUGCAGUGCCUCAACCGCAUCUGCUUCAUCUUACCCCAAGAGCUCAAUGAUAUUCACCCUCUGGAUCAUCAUGUUUCCACAGAGAAACAGAAUCCCAAUCCCAAUCGCGCUCGCGCUCGCGGUCGAGGGUGUGGCACCCAGGUUCUUGCCAUUCUUCAACACUUCCUAAGCCGGUUUCAUGACUUGAAAUGGACUAGUUUUUGUCACUGCCACCCGCUAACGAAGCAGGCCUCCGAGGUGUUUCAUGACAUGGAAGGCGUGCACGUUUCUGACAAGGUCGUUGCUGGGAACAACCCCAGGAUAUUCAGUUUCUCCGAGCUCUAUAUAGGGUCCAACGGAUUCUGUGAGGAUGAGGUUCUUGGAAGUGGAGGCUUCGGGAAAGUUUUUAGAGCAGUUCUGCCCAGUGACGGGACGGUGGUCGCGGUGAAGUGCGUGGCGGAGAAGGGAGAGCCGUUUGAGAAAACUUUUGUGGCAGAAUUGGUGGCGGUGGCUCAGCUGCGCCACCGUAAUCUGGUUAGGUUGAGGGGAUGGUGUGUUCAUGAAGAGCAGUUGCUCCUUGUGUAUGAUUACAUGCCCAAUCGCAGCCUCGACAGGAUACUUUUCCGGAGACCAGAGAAUUCACUACUUCUUGGCUGGGAGAGGCGGAGGAGAAUAGUUGGAGGCUUGGCCGCUGCACUUUAUUAUCUCCACGAGCAGUUGGAAACUCAGAUCAUACACCGGGAUGUGAAGACCAGCAACGUGAUGCUUGACUCCCAUUACAAUGCCCGGCUGGGUGACUUUGGACUGGCUCGGUGGCUGGAACACGAAAUUGAAAUUGAAACCAAGACCAAUUCAAUGAGGCAUCAUCAGUUUCGGUUGGCAGAGACCACCAGAAUUGGUGGCACAAUCGGGUAUUUGCCCCCAGAGAGCUUCCAAAAGCGAAGCAUGACCACUGCAAAAUCUGAUGUCUUCAGCUUUGGAAUCGUAGUGUUGGAGGUGGUUACGGGACGGCGGGCAGUGGAUCUCACAUAUCCAGAUGAUCAAAUCAUUUUGCUUGAUUGGAUCCGACGGCUGUCCGAUGAGGGGAAGCUUUUACAGGUAGGGGAUAAUAGAUUGCCAGACGGGUCUUACAGGCUAUCUGACAUGGAGCGUCUAAUUCAUCUGGGCCUCCUCUGCACACUCCACAACCCCCACUCACGACCCAACAUGAAAUGGAUUGUAGAAACACUUUCUUCCCAAUCUUCCACCAGGCUUCCUGCUCUCCCAUCAUUUCAAUCCCACCCUUUGUAUAUCUCUUUAUCUUCCCCAAGUGAAACUGGAACAGACACUACUACUACUACCACCACCACCACCACCAAUACCACAUUCUCUUCAUCCAUCUAUGUCACAGCCACAGGAGAAACCAUAUAUGCCACAGCAGAAAAUGGAAGAAUUACCGAAACAAACUCUUCCAACAGCCGCCAGCAAAGCAGUAUUUUCCCCAUGGUCCAAACUCCACAAGAGAUAUCCUAUAAGGAAAUUGCCUCUGCAACAAAUAAUUUCUCAGAAUCUCAGAGGGUGGCAGAAUUGGACUUUGGAACUGCCUAUCAUGGCUUCCUUGACAACGGUCACCAUGUUCUGGUGAAGCGGCUUGGCAUGAAGACGUGCCCAGCACUGCGGGCACGUUUCUCAAAUGAACUCCAGAACUUGGGGAGGCUCCGCCACCGGAACCUGGUACAGCUCCAUGGAUGGUGCACUGAGCAAGGAGAGAUGCUUGUCGUCUAUGAUUACUUGUCAAAUCGCCUACUGAGCCACCUCCUUUUCCACCUAGAUAACAAGAAAGUCCAUUCCACCCUGCAUUGGCGUCACAGAUACAACAUCAUCAAAUCGCUAGCUUCCGCCAUUCUUUAUCUCCAUGAGGAAUGGGAUGAACAAGUUAUCCACAGAAACAUUACCUCUUCUGCCAUUAUCAUUGAUGCUGACAUGAAUCCAAGGCUCAGUUCCUUUGCCCUAGCGGAAUUCUUGACACGAAAUGAGCAUGGUCAUCAUCAAGUCACCGACCCAACCAGAUCAGUCAGGGGGAUUUUUGGUUACAUGUCACCAGAGUAUAUGGAAUCCGGAGAAGCAACUCCAAUGGCUGAUGUUUAUAGCUUUGGCAUGGUGGUGCUUGAAGUGGUUACCGGACAGAUGGCAGUAGAUUUCCGAUGGCCUGGCGUGUUACUGGUGAAGAGGGUUCGUGAAUUGGCUGAAAGGAAAAAGCCACUGGAGGAAAUGGCUGAUUGGAGGUUAGAUGGAGAGCAUGAUCAAGAGGAACUGGUGAGACUGAUUAAACUAGGAAUGGCAUGCACACGCUCCAAACCAGAAUUAAGACCCAGUAUGGGGCAGAUUGUAAGCAUACUUGAUGGCAAUGAUAAAUUCUUUAUGGAAGAAAGACAAAACAAGGAGAGAAGAGAAGAAUGGAAACAAAGAAAUGCUUGUUCUUUGUCGUUGAUCAAGAGAAUCCAGGCCCUCGGAAUACAAUAGAACUGACCAAAGAAAUAUAGGACAUGACAGAUAGAGAAUGUAUACCUUUUCUUUUUCCUCUCUUUUUGUUCCUCUUUCCUUUAUCAGCUAUUUUCCAGAUAGCUGAGAAUGUUUAGUGGUUUUCUUUUUCUUUUCCUGCUGUUGUAUAUUGCUUUAGGUAAUUGAUGUAAAUAGCAAGGGGGUAGUGUGCCUUUGGAUGUA